UAUGAAAUAUAUUUAACAUUUUGAUUUAGGAAUGUAUUGAAAUGUCCGUGUAUUGCUGAACAUCACCUUAAACAAAUGUAUACAUUUUUAACAGCAGGGGGAGACAAAAGCCGUCCCAAAGUGUGCAUGUUGCCUAGCAACGACUGUUGAAACCGUAUGUUUGAAUCACUUCAAAUUGAAGUCAGCCAACCCAGAGCAGAUUUAUUUAGCUAAAAGUUGGUUUAACAUCGCAGCCAACAAUUGGCCCUCAACUUUAACAUGACAUUUAAGAGGACAGUGUGGCGACCCUGAGUGUGGUCGAUGUGUCCGAGUGGGCCGGGGAACCGGUGGUCCCCGAGGUCUCCAUCUCCAUGGUUACAGAGGUGGCUGGCCUCCAGAAGGAAGGAGGGGUGGAUUCAAAAAGUGAGAGACCCGUUCGGACCCAUGUUCCUGUCUCCGGCCCCCUCAGUCCUCUUCAGGGGAGUACUGGUCCAAGGCGGCUCAAGCUGGGCACAGCCCAGAUCAGCCUGGUUCCUAGCCUGCCUUCUGGUCCGACCCUUACCUGGAUGCCUAGCCGCACCUAUGUCCCUCAGAACCUACACAGAGAAAAACCUCCCAGAGUUUCCAUCAAGGAGCUGACGUGGUUUCCUCCCGCCGAGCUGAACCCAUCUAUAAAGAAGGAAAGCAAACAGGAGGAGAAGAGGAAGAAGAAGACAGUGAGCCUCCAUGAACGCCCGGAAGAACUCCUGGUCCUCACCGGAUCAGAUCCAGACGUUGACCCGGGCCGCCCCAGACCAGGGGACAACCCUUCCUCCUCCUCCUCCUCCUCCUCCUCCUCCUCCCUCCGUGGACACCACUUCCUUCCCCUUCCCCCCGACAGUCGAACGGUGGUCUCCGAGCCCCCUCUUCUACAUCUCAGACAUAAUAAACAACCACCCAGAAGGACGAGGUAUCAGAGCUUCCAGUUGAAUAAGAUAUGAAGGGUCGUGAAGCAUCAGACUCGCACCAUUUUAACUUGGGAGACAUACAUGCAAGUUAAUAAUAGAGCCCUUCAAACACAAAGACAGGAAUCACAUUUUAAAGCAAUUUAAAGGACA